AUGAAUCCCCUCUCGUUGGAAACUGGCUUCAGCGAUGGAGCCAUACCUUCUGAUGCUCUGGAACCCAUCGCUAUCGUUGGACUAGCCACCCGCUUUCCGCAGCAAGCAACAACCACCGAGAGCCUGUGGGAGCUUCUCCUGCAGGCCCGCUCGACAUGGUCAUCGAUACCCAAAGAACGUUUCAACUCAGAUGCCUUCUAUCAUCCAGACCCCGAGCAUGGUGGAACAUUCCAUGUCCAAGGAGGUCACUACCUCUCAGAAGACCCUGCCUACUUCGACGGUUCCUUCUUCAACAUCACGAAGAAUGAACUCUUGACACUGGAUCCGCAGCAACGGCUGGUACUGGAAAAUGUCUACCACGCCUUGGAAAAUGCAGGGAUUCCUUUGACCAGUGCUGUUGGCUCCAACACCUCUGUUUUUGUCAGUGGAUUCAACCACGACUACCUGGGUAUCCUCAAUUCAGACCCAGAGACGACUUUAAAAUACAAGCCUACAGGUGUCACCAAUGCCAUUUUGUCCAACCGCGUCAGCUGGUUCUUUGACUUCAAAGGACCUAGUAUGACUAUUGACACGGCUUGUUCCAGCAGCUUGGUGGCGCUGCAUCUUGCUGUACAGAGCUUACGUGCCAAGGAGACGAGCAUGGCUGUCGUCAGUGGUGUGAGCAUUCUUGAAAACCCCGUGGAAACCAUUGGCAUGAGCCACCAUGGCUUGUUGGGACCCCAAGGGCGGUCUUUCAGCUUCGACUCUCGUGCCGAAGGAUAUGCACGAGGAGAAGGAGUGGGCACAGUUGUAGUGAAGCCUUUGAGUGCCGCUAUCAGAGAUGGAGAUACAAUUCGUGCGGUCAUUCGGGAGACCGGAGUCAACCAGGAUGGCCGGACGCCAGGAAUCACGGUUCCUAGCGCAGAUGCGCAAGAAAGAUUAAUCCGUGAGGUCUACUGGAGAGCCGGGCUGGACUUCGAACACACAAGAUUUGUUGAAGCCCACGGCACGGGAACAAGCACCGGUGACCCAAUCGAAGCGGGCGCUCUUGCGAGAGCAUUCAAAUGUCGUCGAGAAACUCCACUUUACGUCGGGGCGAUCAAGUCUUCCAUUGGGCAUCUAGAAGGUGGCUCAGGUGUGGCAAGCAUCAUCAAAUCUAUCCUAACCCUUGAGUCGGGGGUCAUACCCGCAAAUUUUGAUAUGAAGGAUACAAAUCCUUCCAUUCCCGCAGCGGACUUGGACAUUGCGUUCCCUACUGAGGCUCUUCCAUGGCCAUCGCCAGGGCUGCGGAGAGUAUCAGUCAAUUCGUUUGGAAUUGGUGGCACCAAUGCCCACUGCAUUCUUGAUGAUGCUUACCACUAUCUCAAUGACCGCCGCCUUACAGGUACCCACUGCACCACAUCUACUGUUCCCACAACCCAGAAAAUUAAGAGCCGGCUCUUAGCACUAUCCAGAUCGGGAACAGAAUCAACUCAUCUCGUGACGGAUUCAUUCGAUGACAGCGAUCAAUCUGGGCACCGGCAUACCUUUAUGGAUACGCCCACAAGCGAUGGCUUUUGUGCAUCACCCACAUUCACAUCCUCAACAUACACCAGCCUGGUCGAGAAGCCAAAGAUGUUCUUGAUCUCGGCUUUCGACGAAGAUGGCGUCAAGCGGAAUGCAGCUGAAUUUGCAAAGUACUUGAACUGGAGGUUGAUGCAGUCGGUUCUACAUGAACAUAUCCUUGAUGAUCUCUCUUUCACCCUAUCGAAGAAACGGUCCCAGUUUCCCUGGAGGAGUUUUGUCAUGGCAUCCUCGGUCAAAGAACUUGCAUGGAACUUGUCGGAAUCAAAUUUCGUCAAGCCAACCAGAACCGCCAGAGUGCCAGAGGUUGGAUUUGUUUUCACUGGCCAGGGAGCUCAAUACCAGGCCAUGGGCCGAGAGCUCAUGGUUUACCCCGUUUUCCAAGAGUCUGUGGAGGAAGCAUCGGACUAUAUCCGUCGGCUCGGUAGCCCGUGGUCACUACUUGAUGAACUCUUGACUGAAAGACAGUCACCCCGAGUCAACUUACCCGAGAUCGCUCAUCCACUGUGCACAGUCUUGCAAAUUGCGCUCGUGGAUCUCUUGGCUAGUUGGGAGAUCUUCCCAAAACAUGUAACGGGCCACUCAUCCGGCGAGAUAGCCGCCGCUUACUGCUCUGGCAAACUGUCUCGCGAAGGUGCCUGGAAGGUUGCAUAUUACCGUGGAUACGUAUCAUCAAAGCAACUUUCCGCAAAUGGAGCGAUGAUGGCUGUGGGCCUCGGUGCAUCUCAACUGCAGCCCUACCUAGACUCUACGAGGAAAGACAAUACCGGGGAACUCAUCAUCGCCUGCCACAACAGUCCCAAGAACAACACCGUGUCUGGAGACGACGCUAUGAUUGACUGCCUCAAGACUCUUCUCGAUGCCGAUGACAUCUUUGCUCGAAAGUUGAACGUCAAGAAUGCUUAUCACUCGGCCCACAUGCAUGCGAUUGCCCAGGAUUACCUUCAUCUGAUGGGAACGCUUCCUUAUGGAAGGUGGUUCGCAGCUCCACACCCGGUGCAUAUGUUUUCCACUGUAACGGGACAACAAGUCAAAGAGGAACAUCUGCCAGCUCAAUAUUGGGUGGAUAAUAUGGUUUCUCCUGUUCUUUUCACAAGCGGUUUGGUUGCAAUGACCUCAAACCCAAUGUCCAGCAAUGGUUCCACCGAUUCCACGGAUUCUUUGCGGGUUCUUGUGGAAAUAGGACCUCAUUCAACCCUGCAGAGCGCCAUAAAAGAGACACUGGCCUCUAAGAGCCCCAAGUUGGAAUUCAAAUAUCUGGCCGUUCUCAAACGGACAGAUCAUAGCCUCAACACUCUACUUACUACAGUCGGCUUUUUAGCAUCAAGUGGAUGUGAAUUGGAUUUCCAUGCUGUGAACCAAGCUUCGCACUCUAAGACAAGAAGGCAGCCCAGAUUGUUGGUGAACCUGCCGCCAUACAGCUUCAAGCAUACCGAGAAGAUUCUGUUUGAGAGUCGACUGAGCAGGAAUCUUCGAACUCGAAAGUUCCCUCGUCAUGACCUUUUUGGUGCACCGAUCACGGAUUGGAAUCCUACUGCUCCUAGAUGGAGACAUUUUGUCCGAUUGAACGAGAACCCCUGGCUAAGAGAUCAUAUGGUCACUGGCAACUACGUCUAUCCCGGCGUGGGUUACCUGAUUAUGGCAAUUGAAGCAUCAAGGCAGUUGGCUGGCGAGGCAAAGAUCACUGGGUUCCAACUACGAAAAGUCAACAUCCGACGAGCCUUGAUUGUACCCGAUAACAAAGAGGGGAUUGAAGUCUCCCUGGCAAUGGCAACUGUCGAAGACUCCUCGACGCCAUCGCGAAUGUGGCGGCGGUUCCAGAUAACUUCCUACAAUGCAUCGAGCGAUGAGUGGACAGAACACUGCACUGGUCACAUCACCGUCAACCACGAAACAGCUUCUGACCCAGUGGACAAUGGACGAGAAGUAGAAGAAGAAAGUCGAGCACGGGAAUCAGAACUUGCCCGCGCAAAUAAGACAUGCACCAAAUCCAUGGCCUUCAAAUCCACAUACAACAACCUCCAAACAUCCGGCCUCAAUUUCGGUCCUUUGUUCCGAAACCUCGCAGACGUUCGCGCAAGCGGGCGUGGGCUUGGUAAAGUUGUUGGAUCGGUGACGGUCCCGGACAUUGCACAGUCUAUGCCAAAACAGUAUCUACAUUCUCAUCUCAUCCACCCUGCCACAAUGGAUAGCAUGAUCCACUUGAUGAUUGCGGCUGUUCUCGACUUUACCAGCAAGUCCACCCUGGAUCAGAUCAGAUUGCCAACUUUUAUACGCGAUGUCUGGGUUUCAGCAGAUCUGAAUUCAGCCCCAAGCCACACAUUCACAGGACAUGCAACCGUGUCUAUGGUGGGAUCUGAUAAAUUCGAGGGCCAAAUCCAAAUGCUCGAUGAGGGAACAAAUACACACCGCAUCCGCAUGGACGGCAUUGAACUCACUCCAUUGGAGUCUGGUCUUGCUGAAAGUAGUGAGCGAAAACUGUGCAGCGCGAUUGAAUACAAGCCCGACCUCCACUUCCUCGAUUCAAAAUCUGCCUGUGCACUGACAUCUCUUGAUGCUACCGAUGACACCGAGGCUCUGUAUUGGGUGAAGCGUCUUCAACUUGCAACGAUGCUCUAUGUCAUGGAUGCACUGGACGAGCUCAAGGACAUUGAUGUUAUGAGACUCGAUCCGCACAUGCGAAGAUUCUUUGACUGGAUGGAGCAUAUGCAAGGCAUGCUCAAGCGAAAUGAAAUAAUCCAUCUGCCCUACAGCGGAUUCCGGGAAGUUUCUCAGGACGAGGCUUUCAAGGAAGCCAUUGGCAAUGAAAUCGAGGCCCACAGCGCUGAAGGUGCCAUCACAGCCCGAAUGGGCCGCAAUAUUGCCCAGGUUAUGCGCCAGGAGACUGAUCCGCUGGAUCUCAUGUUCGGCCAGGACGCCGUGAUGGAGCAGGUGUACAAGGAAGGCCUCCACUUGUAUAAUCUACCGCAGCAUCUACAAAGCCACCUGUCUCUCCUCCGCCACCAGCAUUCCAAGCUGAAUAUUCUCGAGAUCGGCGGUGGCACUGGCAGCUUCACUGCUGAAGUCCUUGCUGUCCUUUCGCCAGACCUUACGAAGAGCAAAGGAAGCAUCGCUAGCUACACAUUCACGGAUAUCUCAUCCGGCUUCUUCGAGAAAGCCAAGCAACGUUUCCAAUCAUGGUCCGAUAUCAUGAACUUCCAAUCUCUCAACAUCGAACGAAGCCCCGUCGAUCAGGGACUUCAGCUGGGGACAUACGACCUGAUAUUUGCUGGCAAUGUCAUCCACGCUACUGCAAACCUGCAGAAUGCAUUGCAGAACCUGCGAUCUCUAUUGAAACCAGGUGGUCAACUCAUCAUGCAGGAAGGUAUCCGACAGGAUUUCCUUUGGUAUCCACUUGUUUUUGGUCAGCUUCCCGGGUGGUGGCUGGGCGAUGAGCCGUGUCGGCAGUGGUGUCCAUACAUCCCGGCCGAGGAAUGGAAUCCUCUGCUACUGAAAGCGGGAUUCUCAGGCAUCGAUAUUGAGUAUCCCAGUUCCAAUGAUCCAGACCUGACGUGGCAGAGUAUUCUGGUUUCUUCUGCUGUGGUAACACCCAAGGAGAAGGCAUUUCAUACUGCGGUUAUCUUGACUCUCGACACAUUGAAAGCCAGCCAGAUCAUUGAGAAACUCCGAGGAAUUCUGUCGAAACUGGGAUACACAAAUGUGCUCGUUAGAAAGCCUACAAAAGUGAAAAGUUCCAUCUUGUUGGAUGCACUUUGCAUCUCAUUAAUUGACUUGGAGUCUGCUUACUUGUUCGAUAUGAACGAAUCGGAAUAUAGCAGACUCAAGAAAAUGCUCAACAAGUGCCAGAACCUACUGUGGGUGACCUGCGAUCCCCUCACACAGCCACGCGCAAGUAUGAGCCUCGGUCUUCUCCGGACAGUGCGCUGGGAGCGGGAUGGCGAUGGCUCAAAUAUCGUCACCCUGACAGAGGCGGAGCAAGACCCAGACACCGCUUCACCAGUGAGUCUUGCUACAGCUAUUGGCAGGGUUGUCAAGCGGCAAUUUGUGGACAAUCCGGAGAAUGAUCGCCACGCCGAGUACAUGUUGCAGAACGGUGUCAUACACAUUGGCCGAUUGAACGAGUGGGAGGCUGCGAAUCAGUUCCUUGCUGCACAGUCCUCUCAGCAAGCUCCUCAGAUUCAACGUCUCGGUGAUUAUGAUACUCCUAUUGUGUUACAAGAGGCUGCUCUUAGCACCGGGGAAUACCACUGGGUCAUACAGCAGGAUGAAGCGUAUCAAGGUACUGAAGUCGAGAUUGAGAUCCGAGCAAUUGGUCUCUCUUCAGAUGUUUCCGCCGGCCGUCUCGCGAAUGAGAUCGCUGGUGUUGUGAGCAAGGUUGGGCCAGAUGUUGAGGGCUCAGCCCUGGGUGAUAGAGUCAUCUACAUCUCAGGCGACAAAAAGGGUGGUUGCAUCAGAACACAUGGUCGAGUCGAUCAACUGCAGCUCGUUCGAAUUCCCGAUGAGAUCUCGUUCGAAGUCGCAGCCGGUUUGGCUUGGGCAUAUGCGACAGCAAUUCAAGGACUUAAAGAGAUAGCUCAUCUAGCACCCGGAAACACUGUCUUGAUCCAUACCAGUGCAUCGGAUAUUAGCCAAGCGGCUAUUCAAUAUGCCCAAAUGAUUGGAGCUACAGUCUAUGCUACUGUGGCAACGGUUGAAGGACGUGAUUUGCUUGUCUCUGACUAUAGUAUCUCCCUAGACCAUAUCUUCUCUAGGAGAGAUCUGAGCUUCGUCAAGGGUAUCAUGCGAUGCACAAACAAUUUUGGAGUUGACGUCGUCUUCAACGCACUGAGCAGCGAGGCACUCCGGGGUUCAAUGGCUUGUCUUGCUCCCUUUGGGACAUUUGUUGAUGUGUCAAAUCAAGAUCUGCGAGCCGACACGACAGUCGAGCUGGCCUCUUUGCCUCGCAAUGUGAGCGUUCACACCGUUGACAUUCCUUUGCUGGCUCAACAUCGACCAGAAUCGGUCCGAGUUCUGCUCACCGAGGCACUGAGAUUGUACUCUGAAGGCAAGAUCGGUCAACUCCCAACAACAACUGUCAUGGAUUUCACGCAGAUCAAAGAAGGUGUUCGAGCUGCGCAGAGUGGAGAAGCAGCAAAGGUUGUGAUUGCACCUAAUCCGUCCAACAUGGUCCCUGUGAUACCACCACCAAUCUGGCCAUGUCACUUUGACCCACGCGCAUCGUACGUUCUUGCUGGUGGCUACGGUGGCUUGGGCCGCAGUUUGGCACGAUGGAUGGCAUCUCGGGGUGCAACGAGCCUGAUUAUCCUAUCUCGCUCAUCGGCUUCGAGCCCAGAGAAGACGGAAUUGAUUUCCGAUCUCGACAAACUGGGUUGCAAGGUCCACUCGCUGGUCUGCGAUGUGGCUGAUGUCUCUAGCCUCCAACAAUUGCCUGGGGAGGCCUUUUCGCAUCUACCUGCUAUCAAAGGAUGCAUUCAGGGAUCUAUGGUCCUACGUGACGGCGCCUUCGCCGGACUCUCCUUCAACGACUGGCAAGCAGCCAUCAGACCUAAAGUCCAAGGUUCCUGGAACCUGCACACAGUCCUCCCCGACAACAUGGACUUCUUCAUCAUGCUCUCCUCGGUCGCAGGCAUCUUUGGCAACCGGGGACAAUCAAACUACGCCGCAGGAAAUACCUUCCAAGACGCACUCGCCGCAUACCGCGUUUCAAAAGGCAUGAAGGCAGCGAGCAUCAAUCUGGGCAGUGUAUCCAACGUCGGGUGGGUCGCCGAGAACCGGAGCUCGAUGCGCACGCACACAGCAACGUUAUUCGAGCUUCUCCGCGAAGAAGAAGUACACGCAACAGUUGACUUCCUCAUCCGCGACCAGCAAGACGGUGGUAAUGCAUCGGCGCGCUCACAGCUCGUCCUCGGUCUACCGACCGCGGAGAUGUGUCGCCAGAACGGUGUGCCGCUGCCUACCUACCUGAAUUACUCGAUGUUCACGCACUUCCGAAAUACAGCGACCGCGAAGAACAGUGAGGUCUCGCAGCAGAGGACUGUUAGCACUGCUGCGCUUUUGUCGGCGGCUUCGGGCAUCGAAAGUGCUGUUUCUGUUGUGUCGGAUGGAAUUGUUGAGAGACUAGCUUCUCUGCUUUCUAUUCCUUGUUCGGAACUUGAUGCUCAGCGCUUCGGCUUUGGGGGUAUUGAUUCCCUUGUUGCUAUGGAGUUCCGGGCGUGGAUUGUUAAGGAGCUUAAGGCCGAGGUUUCUUUGCUUGAUAUUAUGGGGGCGGAGAAUAUUAAGGCUUUGAGUGAGAAGAUUGCUGGCAGGAGUCGGUUGAUUGGAGGGCCUGGUUCUUGA